CCAAUUUCACACCUCCCACCCACAGCUUUGCUUCUUCCUUCGCGGAGCCUAACCCACCAACUCCGCAGCUCCGCUAAUUCGCUCCUCUCUCACUCUGUGUCCCCAUUACCGGCGACGAAGAGGAGGGCGAAAGGGGUUUCCAACUCUGCUGUGCUCCGCGUCGGGGAUCUCGAAGACUACGCUGAUGUUAUAGAAUUGUUGAUCUGGGCCUCUUACUGGAUCGUGCACGAUUAGAUCUCUCGGAAGGUUUCGAUCUGUGGUGGGAUGACUUCUGCUCAAGAUCCGUUCUACAUUGUCAAAGAGGAGAUCCAGGAUUCUAUCGAUAAGCUGCAAACUACUUUUCACCAAUGGGAACAAACCCCUGUAUACACUGGAGAACAUGUUCAUUUAACUAAAGAGCUCCUGGCCAGUUGUGAAAGCAUCGAGUGGCAGGUGGAUGAACUGGACAAGGCAAUUUCAGUCGCUGUCAGAGAUCCAGCUUAUUAUGGACUUGACGAAGUUGAACUUGGAAAACGGAGAAACUGGACUAGCACUGCUCACAACAAGGUGCGUACUGUGAGGAGAAAUGUUGAAGCUGGAAAGGAGAAGAGCAGUCUAAUCAAUGGUUCGCGCCAAGACCUAACGGGUCUUCCACGUGGGCAUGAUUCUCAAGCAGGAAGAUCUAACCACUAUGGAGCAGAAGACAGCGAUGAUUUUAUCUCUUCAGAAUCAGAUCGACAGCUGCUUCUAAUAAAGCAACAAGAUGAGGAAUUGGACGAGCUAAGCGCAAGUGUUCAGAGAAUUGGAGGUGUAGGACUUACCAUACAUGAAGAGCUGAUUGGACAGGAAAGAAUUUUGGACGAUCUGAGCAUGGAGAUGGAAACUACUUCAAAUAGGCUUGAUUUUGUGCAGAAAAGAGUGGCUAUGGUCAUGAAGAAGGCUGGUGCGAAAGGGCAAAUCAUGAUGAUUGCCUUCCUGAUCGUUCUUUUCAUUAUUCUUUUUGUUUUGGUUUUCUUCACGUAGAUAAUUUGUGUGACUUGUAUUUAUGUUGAAUCAUAGCAGAGCAGACAAAUUAACGGUGUUUUUAGCCUACUAAGCUUCUUAAAAAAGUUUAUUCCAAAGUUAAAUCUUUUAAA